AGAAAAUUACAAAUGGAAAUAUUGAGGGAUUCAAUUAAAUUACAGGAGGAGAACAAAAUGAUGAAAAAGCUUACAUUGUUAUAACAAUAGGUUGGAUAUCCUUUAGACACUUUAAUGAAUGAUGAGUUUAUUCAGAAAUUGCCAGAGGAGAGUUUUGUUUGGUAGUUGAUCCAUCAUUAUCAAUAUUUAGGACAAUUAUCUCUAAGAAGUAUGAAUUAUUAACAGGAUAAAGAGCCAAUAAGGAAAUUAUUCUUUAGGAAGAAUUAUAUAAAAAUAUCACAUUUGGGAUGUUUGUAGAUGAAUGCUUUUAAGCAAUAUUGCAUUUCCAUUUAGUUAUUACUGAUUAUAAAUUCAACUUACAUAUUAUUCAAGAUUCUAUUAGAACUCUAAAUUAGUAGAUAUAACUGUUGGAAGGUCACGCUUAAUUAAAGUUUGAUCAACCAAAUCGACUAUCAAUCUGUUACACUAGACAUAAAAGUUUAAAAACCGAUAUUUUCAAUCAUUAUUAGAUUAAAUAUAAAGCAAAUCUUAAUGGAUAGGAAUAAAAGUCAAUAUAUGCCAGAGGUGAUGAUUUGACAUGUUCAUUUCCUAUUUUAGAAGAAAGUAAAACUUUAACAAUAGCCGUGUGGGGUAAAAAUAAGGAGAAUGGAAAAGAAUUCAAGGUUCUAAGUAGAAUUGAAUUGGAUCUAACAGAAGUAUUGAUUUCGUUUCCUUUGUAAAGUUAUUCUAAAGAAACAAUAUAGCCUUGUUUAUUGACCCUAGAUUAUUAGGAUGAGUCACCAGAAGCUCCUUUUAAUGGAAAAAAUCCGAUUGAACUUUAGUAUAACUUGAUUAUAAAUUAUAGAUUUUCACUCUCUAUGCCUUCAGAGUAGAGAAUACAAACGAUGAAGGUUCUUAAGUUCAGAUAGGAAGAUUUUGAAAAUCAGAUUAGAUGUGAAAUAGAUAACAGGAACUCUUACAUUCAAUCAAUCAUUUAGCCUUUUAAUGAUUUGCUUUAUAUUCCUGGAGAAGAUCUAAAAAAUAAAAAUGAAGCAGAUCCAUAGAGAUUUUCAUGUUCUGCUUGUAAAAUCUUCUGA